AACCCUCAGUUGGUAUAAAUAGUUUCUCUGCAAGCAUUUCCCUCAGGCCAGUGGAUGCAUCUGAACUGAGCUGAUUUAAAAGACACACUCAGCACAAUGGUUUAUUUUCCAGGGUUGGUUGGCUUGCUUCUCAUCUUGACUGCUGAAGCCAGAAUUGGAAACUCCUCUGAGUCUAGCUUAUGCACCGAGUCAAAGGAAUGUCUGCUCUAUGAUCUGGUGUGCAAGAAUGACGAUUAUGAGGUGCGCCACUAUGACUCGGUGAAAUGGGUGUCGACAGACGAGGAAUGCUACUUCAUGGACAAGGCCAUGUACACUGCCUUCCAGAGACUCUUCAAAUACAUCACCGGAUCCAACAAGGCUGGCGUCAACAUUGACAUGACAGCUCCGGUGACUGUCAAAAUUGAAGAGAAGAAGAAGAUGUGGGCGUCGUCUGUCUUCACCAUCAGCUUCCUCCUGCCGUCUGACUAUCAGAUGACUCCUCCCCGACCCACUGAUGACAAGGUGUAUUUUACAGAGACGCCAGACAUGAAAGUGUACGUGAGGAGCUACGGUGGAUGGAUGAUGUCUUUGACAUCCAGUGUAAACUCUAUGCUGCUGAAAAGGCAGCUAGACAACGUCCAGGCCACSUACAACAAAGACUACCACUAUGCUGUGGGAUAUGACAGCCCAAUGAAGAUUCUGAAUAGGCACAACGAGGUGUGGUACAUGGUUGAGGGAGAGCCUGUGUGCCCUACCUCCUCCUAAACAUCCUCCUCCAUUACUGCUGAGUCUGGCAUUACCACUUUGAGGAGGACCAAUGGGAGGUGCAUGGUAGACUGAGAACAUCUGAGAUAAUGUGGUUUGGGGGCAAAAAAUAUAUAAUCCAAAAUCAAUAUGCCACAUACUAUAGAGUGUAUACAAACUGUAGAG